AUGGCCACCCCGGGAACUCUUCCAUCCCUAAACUCUCAAUGUAUUUAUCGUGCAUUGAAAAUGGCACGUCUUCUGAAUUGCCACGUGUCAGAAUGGUCGAGAUUCGACCGGAAACACUACUUCUAUGGGGAUAUGCCGGCUGGCUAUCAGAUCACUCAGAAUCACCAUCCUAUUGCCAAAAAUGGAAAUUUCGGUUUUUGGGUUUUCGAUGAGCAUCUGGAUGUGCCUUAUUGGAAAGAGGUGAAAAUCCUUCAAUUGCAAUUGGAACAAGAUUCCGGGAAGACGAUUCAUCUACCGUCAACGUCUUCAGAAGGAGGAGAAGGUCCCAAAUCUCUAAUUGACUAUAAUCGCGCUGGAUGCGCCUUGAUUGAAAUCGUGACGUCUCCAUGCUUCGAGACGGCGAUUGAAGCGAUUCGAUUCGUUCAAACCCUUAGAUUAUUGAUUAUUCAUCAUAACUUAUCGAAUGGAGAGCUGCAUAAGGGACACUUGAGAGUUGAUGCGAAUGUGUCGUUGGAGAGGGAUACUGUACCUGUUGAAAAAUAG